AUGGUGAUCAAGGCUUACGAACAUUCUCCUAUGCCUUUGAAACGGAUAACCUUCAGCGGAAGAUUAGGUACUAGCGCUAAGGACGGUGACAAUCUUCGGCGGAUCGUAAUACGUGGUUUAAUAUGCAUGGGCCUUGAUAUUGCAAUUACCCUCACGAUUUCAAUCGUUCUGUUUUACAUGUUCGCUGGGUAUGCUGUAUCGCCGUACGAGCGUCCAGUUCCAUGCAAUGAUGAUUCUAUAAAUCGACCUUUCCAAAAUAACACUGUCAGGAUGAAGCAGCUUCUGGCUAUCUCUUUAGGAACACCGUUCUUCAUCAUAUGUUUCGUUGAGGCUAUGAUUUUUCUUGCUUCACAGGGAAGCAACAGGCUCGCGAAUUAUUUCACCACGACAACACUUCUAUAUUUGAAAUAUCUUAUUUCUUUCGCUGUUUGCACGUUCUUAAUGGAGUUCCUGAAAUGCUUCGUCGGCCGUCUCCGACCCCACUUUCUUGCCGUUUGUCAGCCUGAUUGGUCUCGCAUGGAUUGCACGGACAAGGAAUAUAUUCCUGUGUCAGAAACGUUCUGUACGAAUCCUGACACAAGGCGAAUUCGUACGGCUAGAACCUCGUUUCCAUCAGGGCACACUGCGGCCGCUUUUCACGUUUGGAUCUUUCUUGUCAUAUAUUUGUGCAGAAUGGCAAGGAUCACAGCGAUUCCAUCUUUAUACAAAACUCGCAACAUAUUGUUAGCGAUCUUCACGGGCUGGACUGGAUUUACCGCAAUAACCAGGAUCACUGAUUAUUGGCAUUAUCCAAGCGAUGUUCUCGGUGGAAUUUUACUCGCAGCAUCAUGUGUCUUGCCAGUGUUUGGAUGGCAAUGGAGAACUCCCGAAGAUGUUUACGGGUUGCGACGUAGCAUAAUGCCUGGAGAGGAGGAGUUACAUCUGAAAGAAGCAUGCAAGCAUUUUGAAGCUUUAUUCAAUCGAGUUAAGAAGAAGGAGGAGUUUGUCGACUGGAUUCACACCACCUAUUGUGAGGGUGAAGACUGCGCUAAACCAAUGUUCGUGAUUGAUUCCAUAAGCAAACUGCGUGAGAUAGCGGACCACAUAAAAGCGAAGAUUCCCGACGGAUCUGUCCAAACGGAGAAAUUGAUAUGGCCAAGCAGUGGGCAUGAUGCAGAUUGCAAAGAGAAAAACACAGUUCACGUUGACUGCUUUUUGUAUGAUGAUCAUUCAAUGCAGGCAAUGAUUGCUGCAGGAACGUCGCAACGGAGAUUCUGUGUUGACUGUGGUUCCAGAAAUAUCAAGGAUUUAAACUUUAUAAGUCACAGCCUAGCGCACUGUCAGCUAGAGUUCAUCUUCACCCAGCUUGUUCCUCUGAAAUCACAACCGGAAGGAUUUCGUGUCUUAGAUAUCGGUUCUCGUCUAGGAGCAGUCAUAUAUGCAGCCUCUUUGUACGGUUGCGGAAAGGUAUCGGUAACCGGAGUGGAGCUUAAUGAGGAGCUGGUUAAGCUUCAAGAGGAGGUGAUCAGUAAUUUCAACCUGCAGAUGUUCGAACACAAGCCGGAUCUGAUUAGCCGUGCUGAUCUUAUCAUUAUGAACAAUGUGUUCUCCUUUUUCAUGGAAGCUGACGAACAG